AUGGUUUGCAGUACGGUAGCGCCAGGCACCUAUACGGUCUACGCGCCCGACACGAGCAAUUAUGCGGCGUAUUAUCAGGUUUUCUUGGUAUAUUUGGACGUUCCAUGAUUUUUUGUUACAGUAUUCUGGCAAUGUGCAACAGAGUCCGACCCAAUCCUACAUGCUUCACAAUCAUGGGGGUCAGUCUCCGAACUCUGGCGAUGAUGACAACGGCGGCGCCCUGGGACACACGGCUAGAGCUUCUCCCGCUACGGUAGGUCUUGGGAAUGGCUCAGAGAAUGCCUGCGCAUCUAACGAUUGUCUUCCUUGAAGAUUAGGUUUUUUGAAGUAGAUAAGGUCUUCCAAUAGAUCUUUUGAAGUAGGAAGAUAAGAAACUUCAGAAAAGUUCAUAGUAGAAUCCUAGGAAUGGCUCAGCGAAUGCCUGCGCAUCUAACGAUUGUCUUCCUUGAAGAUUAGGUCUUUUGAAGUAGAUAAAGGUCUUCCAAUAGGUCUUCUGAAGUAGGAAGAUAAGAAACUUCAGAAAAGUUCAUAUAGAAUCCUAGGAAUGGCUCUAAGAUGACCUGCACAUCUAAAACCCACUUUUUUGAUUUAGUGAUCUUGUUUCUAAUUGAAGUAUGUAUAGGGAAGACACGGUGCAGAGGUACAUUUUGAAAUGGGCGUGGCCUUUUUGGGAUUGGCUCUAGGAAAGCCUGCGAAUCUAACAAUUUUCUUCUCUGGAUGAUCAAUUUUUCCUGCGAUUCAAAAAAGAUUUAGUGAGGCUGUUUAUGUUAGAAGAAGGCGGAUUGGAAUGGCUAUUGAGAAGCCUGAGCAUCUAACUUCAAGUUUGCGUAUUAAAAUAUUUUUAUGAGUAAGAUGGGCACAAAAAGGUUCUGCAAAUUUUGAAAAAUUGAGAUUUUCAUACUUUUUUUUUUCAUACGAGACCAAAAAUCAGACCCUCGUUGAGAAAAAAUUGACUUUUUUAGCUUUCUGUUCCUCCGAAAAGCUAAAGGUUUGUCAUGGCGCAGUGCCUGUGAACUAGAAUGUCGUUUUGAAGGUCGCGGGUUCGAUCCCGCACGGGAUAUAUUUUUUUUGCAAGUAAAAUUUAUAGAAAUCAUGCCCCUUUUUGACAAGAAAAAGGCCUGGAAAACCUCAAAAAAAAAAUUCUAGUAUGGAAAAAUUGCGAAAUUGUAGUUGUUUCACAAUAACUUCCUGGUUCAUCAACCUUUUUUGAAUCUACAAAGCUGGAGCUAUCACAUUGGAUAGGUUCUCAAGUCUGAUACCUUUAAGAAUCUUUUUAAACUGAGUCCCCCCCUCCACUCCAGCCCCCACAUUUCCACCUCUCCGAGACACUUUCAAUCAAACAAACGAGGCGAAGAGACCAAAUCUGGCAUGGCUUAGCGGUUAUGCGUUGAAAAGCCGGGCAGGAAAAGGCUCCCCUCCUUCUCCUCGAGUGAAGGCAGAAGCUUCCGGUUUUUGGGCACCCCCUGGAAAUAUCGUAGGUUGGCAAGGAGAGUUCCUCACCUUCUUUAGUUCGGAGCACAAACCCCACUUUUGUUGGAGUUUUUCUCCGAGAGUAGUCAUUUUUCAUCGAUUUUUGAAAGUCUUGGCCAUCUUUUUGAGAGAAAAUCCGAAAUAUGUUUCCCCUGUAGCAUCUGAUACCCCAUAGUUGAUCCAUUGCGAUACCUUGGCCGCAUUGGGAAUGGCUCAACGCGUCACGGAUCACUUUUCAAUUGCGCCGGACUAUCAAACGACUUGCGCUCGUCUUCAUCAAACGCGUAGAGUUUGUCAGAUCACGCUUCAAAAUUUUGAAGGUAGCAACGCAACCACAACACGUCCGCGGUGUAGCCAUUCCAAAUGCGGCCAAUUUUCUGAGGGAAUUCAAAAAUUACACCUUUAACAUGAGCAAUAGGGUUAUCCUGUUACCUGCGCCUUUAACAUGAGCAAUAGGGUUUUUAGGUACCUGCACCUUUAACAUGAGCAAUAGGGUUUUUAGGUGCCUACACCUUUAACAUGAGCAAUAGGGGUUUUCGGUUACCUUUAACAUGAGCAAUAGGUUUUUAGGUACCUGCACCUUUAACAUCAGCAAUGGGGGUUUUCGGUUACCUUUAACAUGAGCAAUAGGUUUUUAGGUACCUGCACCUUUAACAUGAGCAAUAGGUUUUUUUGCUUUUCAAUCAUUUCUCCCUUCAAAAUUCUAGUUUUGUAGCUCAUCUACGAGAUUUCUAAUGUUCAAUGAACAGAAUAUUUUGUACUUAACGUGGAUUAAAAACCCCGUCAAAAAGGGCGGAUUAUAAAUAUUCCAAGAACAUUUUUCGACGGUCGUCGCCAUAGUAACUCUCCGAUUUGUCGGCUUUUUUCCCAGUUUUUAUAUCUUUUCUCAUAAAAGAAAAAAAUUUCCCACAAGCUUCUUCAUUCCUGAAAUGUUGAUAACCUUCUAGAGCUUCCACAAUUUUUAAAUAUUUGGUUUUUUUUUUGCAGAUCAAAAAUUACAUCUGCAAGGAGUGGGUUACAGUAGGGCUUGAGAUUAAAAAAAUUCAACUUUUUGAGUGGAAAAAGUUUUUUUGAACUUUUUAAUUUUUUGUAGAUUGAAAAAUUACAUCUGCAAAUAGUUCAUUCACGGUAGUUUUUGAAGAAUAAAAAGCAAAAAUAAUUAUUCCUUAGGAAGAGUCGAACCUGCGACCUUUUUGGUGAUGAUGAAUCUUGUUAGCCACUUGGCCAAUUGUUAAAUUCAACUUUUUGCUUUAUUUCAGUUUCUAGUCACCUUCCAAUCAAAAUUUGGAAGCUAAGUAAAAUGGCAAAAAAAUCCAAAACGUCCGACGGAACCGAACCUGUGACCGUUUUAACGAAGGUCAAACUCUUUAACCACUCUACCAAGGUGUCUUAAAUGUCAUAUUGGACCAUCAUAGUAUCCGAAAAAUGAUUUCGAUUCCGGAAAAAAAGGCAAAAGUCAAUUCGCCCUCGAUAGGGAUCGAACCUAUGACCUCUCUUCGUGAGUUUCCUUCUCAAGCCACUUGACCAGGAGUCUCAGCCAGAUCAAUUCAAACAUGAGAUCUCCCUUUUUUUCACCAUUUUCAAUUUUUUUGGGGCCAUUUAUCCGGAAUAUCCAUGGCAACGGAAGAAAAGAGCAUUUGCAUUAGAAGACGUCUCUUCACUCCGGAAAAUCCUCGAAAAUUUUCCGAAAAGUUUAUCAUUUUCUUCACCAAUAUUUUUUCCACUUGAUCUUGUUCAUUUUUCAGUAUAUCAGGCCAAUUCAAAUUAUUUUGAAAUAUAGAGACGAUAUGGCAUGACUCGCGCCGAAACUGACGAAUUCGAGCCCUCGCCCGAUAUUCAGACCCACGUAAGGGUCUUUUUUUCAUGAUUUUCUUAAAAACAAACUUUUUAAUUGCUAGAAUAAAUUUUUAAAAAUUGCAAAAAAAAACUUGUUCUGAUGCGGAUUGAACCAGCGACCUUCAGAUCGAUAGAUGAAUGGCUUAUCCACUGCGCCAUACUUAAUACAAUCAACUCACGCUUCAUUUUGACUAUUUUCUGGAUUUUAAAAAAAGGCAAAAAUUUUCGCGCGGAGCAGGAGUCGAACCUAUGACCUUCCGAUCAUUGAACCAGCGGCUUAGCCAGUAGACCAAAAUGCGAACUUUUCGGCAUGACUCUGGAAACGUUCAGUUACUACUAAAUUUUGCACGAAAAAAAAGCAAAAAAAGUUCUGCGCGGCACAGGAGUCGAACCUGCGUACCUUUCGGCUUUUGUUCGAGUUUUUAGCCACUAGGCUACGAAGUAUGUAGGAAUGAAGCUAGAAAUUCCUCUAUAAAACACGCCGAAAAUUUUUAAAAAAUGGCAAAAAAAGUUUCGCGACUCGCUGGAGUUGAACCUGGGACCCUUAGAUCGACGUACAAGCGGCUUAGCCACUAGGCCAAUUUUGCAAAUUUUCCGGGAACUGGCUUUUAAGCCGCUUUCUGGUUUAAAAAGUUCAGAAAAAAAACUCAAGUAGAUGGAAACUGUCAAUACCCAAUAAAUGAACCUGUGUUUAUUGAAUUUUUUGAAUAUUUCAGGUGACGUGGCUUCUGGAUAACUACGAAACGGCGGACGGGACGAGCCUGCCUCGCUGUACACUUUAUGACCACUACAAACGGUUGGUUUUUAAAGAUUUUUCCGAUAUUUAACGACUUUUGGUGUAAGAAUAUCAGUACAAAAAAAUAUUAGUAUCUUUAUUCGAAGUUAUGGGAAAAUUUUUAGUGGCCACUAUAGGGUUUUGAAGUUUGAGGGACCACUAUAGUAGUCAAAUUAGUGGCCACUUAAGGGGUUAUAACUAGUGGCCGCUGUAGAGGUCUGAGCGCUACUUUUAGACCACUAAAAAUUCUAGUGGCCACUUUAGGGGUCAAUGGAUCAUCAUAACUGGUCCAAUCUGUUUGUUUUAAAAUAUCAGAGAUACUGGGAGGAAUACUGGAUGAAAAACUACUGAAGUGGCCACUAAAACUUAAAAUAGUGGCCACUUCAGAGGUGGUUUUAGUGGCCACUUUAGUGUCCUCUCCAAGUAGUCCUUGGCGAGCCCCUUUAGUGGCCACUAAAAGUUUUCCCAGGUCUUUUGGAAAAAAAAAGGGAAUUUUAAAAUCUUCUUCAUUAUUUGUGAUAGAAAAUUGAACUCAAAAAAAUUUAAAAAUCCAUUAGAAAAAUGAACAAAAAAGAUCCAGCUUUGAUAAAUUCGCCUAAUGUUAGUUGUUGCCCAGGGCGACGAAAGUCAGCUUUUUUUUUCUUGAAGGUCAGGGCGGGAAAGGAAAAUAUUUGAAAGUAUCGGAAAAAAGGGUUUUCAGAAUUAUUCAGAAUAAGAAUCGAAAUAUUUCAGUCACUGCCAAGAAAAUCGUCUGGAUCCAGUUAACGCCGCGUCUUUCGGCAAAUUGAUCCGAUCCGUUUUCCUGGGACUGAGGACGAGGCGGCUUGGGACUCGUGGGAACUCGAAGUUUGUAUAGAUUCGAAAAUAUAAGCUUGAACUGAAGAAAAAAGAUCCACUUUCUUAAAAGCCUAUUGAACUUAGUAUGGCCCAAUGCGUUGCGGUCGCGAAGCGGUUAGUUUGAAAUCGCGCGGACGCUUCUGAGCGUUUCAAGUGAUCACUUAAGAGCAUUGAAGCUGCUGAAGGGAUCCCUAUAAUGCUAGGAAAGGAAAGGCCAGAGAUAAACCUCUUUGAAGAGAUAAGGUCGGGACUUCUCUGCGCUCUCCUCAUCUCUCUCAUGUUUACGUGCUAUUUCCAUGUUUCUCUGACCUCGCCGGUGAGGGAACAGAGAGACGCAGACACGCUAGAACUGUCAAGUCGCGACGGACGGAAAAGAAGCAGUGCAACGCGACCGCGCCGCUUUGAGCCAUUCCAAGUGCGACCACUGGUUUUCCAGUUCUGGCUGGAAUCUUUAACAAUUGUACUUCAUCACUUUCUAGGAAACUUUUGUGACUUUCUAGGCCUAAAUUUCGAUUUAUACCUGAAUAACGUGUUUUUCGAACCUUGUAGUGUUACUACAAUAUGACGAAAGAUUAAUUUUCAAUCUUUUAUAAUCAUGGACACAGAUUUUCAAGUUUUGAGGGUCCAUAACUCUUUUCACAGACCUUUUUGUCAUUUUUCAAGGCCAGAUUUGGAAUCAGCGUGGAAAACUGCAUCUAGGGAGCUAGGUCUCAUUCAGAAGUACUGCGACCAGAAGUCAUUUCUUGGUCAAAAAAAAAGACCCAUUUCCAUCAUUUUUUCAGAAAAGGUACCACUACCAAGAAAUCCAAAACCUUCCAUAUUUCAAAUUUUCAAGGUACCACUACUACGGGAUCCGAAUCAAGGCCGAUUCUUCCUUGAAUCGUCAAGGCGUCGUCGUUUCUCCCACUGAACCCGACCCCUACGCGGAUUCUGUCAAUACUGUCGUUGCCAACAGUCGACAGUACGUUUCCGAACAACUGUUUGCAUUUUAAAGGAUGAAAAAUUGCAGAAAAUUGAAUUUCAGGUACAGCACCCACGCGACGAAACGACACGGCCCGCCGUCGAUAUCUUCUUCCUCCAAGUAGUUUUUCUUCUAUUGGUAGUUUUCAGUGACGUCAUAGUCUUGAUGAUGUUCCUAUUUCAAAAAUGAGCGUUACUGAACUUCGAAUGACGUUAUUUUUGGGCUUUUAAUAUUUCAAGAUAUCAUUUUUGAGCUGAUAGUGGCCUUGAAGAUUCAAAUUUUCGCUGAAGUAGUUUUUGGGCUCCGAGUGACCUCUUAAGGGUUCCAGGAGUUUGUUUCAAAGUUUUAUUGGCUCCAUAAUAUUGCUGAAGAUUCAAAUUUUCACUGAAGUAGUUUUCGGGCUCUGAGUGGCCCCUUAAGUGUUUUGAGGCUUUUUUUUUUAGAAUCUCAACUUACGUGAGAAUGAUCCCAAGAAUUGAAACUUUCACUGAAGUAGUUUUUGGCCUGUAAGUGACCUCUUAAGGGUUUCAGGAAUUCGUUUUAAAGUUUCAUUGGCUCCAUAAUAUUGCUGAAGAUUCAAAUUUUAACUGUUUUCGGGCUCCAAGUGGCCCCUCAAGUGUUUUGAGGCUUUUUUUUAGAAUCUCAACUCACGUGAUAAUGAUUCUAAGAACUGAAACUUCUAAGGAAGUUAUUUUUCAGCUUUAAGUGACCUCUUAAGUGUUUCAAGCUCUUCUUUUGAGGCUUGACUUACGUUAUAAGGAUCCUAAGAACUGAAAUUUCCAUUGAAGCGAUUUUUGAGCUUUGAGGGGCCUCUUAAGGGUUUCAACAAUUCGUUUUGAAUUUCUAUUGUCGUCAUAAUAAGGCGUGAAGUUCAAAUUUUGGAGUUUUUGGGCUCUGAGUGACCUCUUAAGUGUUUCAAGCUCUUCUUUUGAAGCUUAACUUACUUCAUAAUGAUCCUAAGGCUUUAAGGUUUCAAGGAAGUGAUUUUUGUGCUUUGAGUGACUUCUUAAGGGUUCCAAGAUCUUACUCUUAAAUUUUAAAUCUUAUCGAGCUCCGAAUAAAGUCAUAUCUUUUUUUUUUAGCAGCGCCUCGCCCACUUAUUCUUCUCCUGUGACCCAAGACGUGAUGCCGCGGUACAGGAAUAAUGGUAAAAGAGCCAUACCACUACUUUUCCGCAUCCUGUCACCUUAAGGAACAACCAGUGAAGACCGAGCCUCACUUGGUGAUGGAGAAAUCCCGGCCGUCGAUUUUCACAGCAUCGAAGGAUUCGAGGAAACUUUGGUGUGAGUAUAAAAAAUGAUAAUCUUUAGAAAAAGGCUUGGAAAUUUGUAAUUCUUCAUUGCACAUAGGGAAGUAUGAGUUGAAGCAUGAAAUUGAAGAAAAAUAGCUUUUUUUUCGGAAAAGGAAAAAAAAUGGCAAAAAAGGAAGAACGAGUGCAGGAAUCGAACCAGAGACCCUUUGAUUGACAAGUAAGCUUCUUAGCCACUACGCUAAACAUGCAGUUUUAAAGAAAAGGAGCGAGUAACAGAUAUUUUUUCAAAGUACUAGUUUUACUACUGAUUCAGCCGUAGUUUCUCAGAAAAAUAAAGUUGUCUAAACUGGCUUUUCGGCAAAAACGCGUGUAGGAUUCGAACCAGAGACCCUUAGAUUGACAUGCAAGCUUCUUACCCACUACGCUAAAUAUGCAAUUUUAAAGAAAAGGAGCAAGUAACGGAUCAUAUUCCAAAGUUGAUCUUAUUCACAGAUUUUUCACUACUUGUGUAAGCUUAGAAAUAAAAUAAAGUUGUCUGAACUGGCUUUUUUUGGCAAAAACGCGUGUAGGAAUCGAACCAGAGACCCUUUGACUGACAAGCAAUCUUCUUAGCCACUAAGCUAAACAUGCAGAUUUAAAGAAAACGGGCAAGUAACGGAUAUUUCCUCGAAGUUGAUCUGAUUUAUUGAUUUUUUAUCCCUAGUGUAGGCUUAGAAAUAAAAAUGAACUUCUCUGAAGUUGCUUUUUGGCAAAAAGCGUGCAGGAUUCGAACCAGAGACCCUUUGACUGACAAGCAAUCUUCUUAGCCACUAAGCUAAGCAUUCAUUUCUAGAAAAUUGAGUUUUACUAGUAGUGUAGGCUCAGAAAAAUAAAGUUGUCUGAACUGGCUUUUCGGCAAAAACGCGUGUAGGAUUCGAACCAGAGACCUUUUGAUUGACAAGCAAGCCUCUUAGCCACCACGCUGGGAAUUCAUUUCUAGAAAAAUGAGUUUUACUAGUAGUGUAGGCUCAGAAAAAUAAAGUUGUCUGAACUGUCUUCCCGGCAAAAACGCGCGCAAGAAUCGAACCAAAGACCCUUUGAUUGACAAGCAAGCCUCUUAGCCACUACACUAAGCCUGCGUUCUCUCAUAAGUGCGUGUAAACAACCGAUUUAUAUGGGAAUUUUCGUAAUUGUAUUGGAUUUUUGAAUAGAAAAUGUUUAUUUUCAGGAAACUCGGCAUGGACAUGUCGCACGUGGAGAAGUUUGUCUCGUGUUAUCAACAGAAUUGUCAUGUUCGUUAAUUUUUUUUUUUUUCGAUUCUUAUAUUCAUUUUACAGAACGUUCUGCAUUUCGUGAAGCAACUGCAAUUUGAAGAAAUCGAGGAAUGUUGGUUCUCGUUUUGGCAAGCUGAAUAUGAUGAGUUGGACGAUGAGGAGUGGGUUUUUAUCCUUGGAGCGCAAAUGAUCCUUUUUGUAGAAAAAAAAACCUUUGCUCUGCUUUUUUCAAAAAAUCUAUGGAUAGGGACCGCAAAGCCACGCCCCUUUUCGCGAUAGAAAAAGUGGCUUUUUUUUGGUUUUCAACUUUCAAUUUGUUGUAGUUGCAAAAUAUAUGGAAACUGGAUAAUAAAUUUUUGACACACAUGUACAGAAAAAGCUUCCUCUUUCGUUCAAAAAAUAUUUCACGCUUUUUUGAUGCGUUCGCGCGGAACGUCGUACAAAAACGUGAAUGGAACUCAAAAAAAUUUUUGUCAUUUUUUGCUUUUUUUCAUGUGUUUUCAAGUCGAACGCACUCUUUCUUUUUUUAUAUAAUGAUUUUUAAUUUAAGUAACGGUAAUUUUAAAACAAUAAAAUAAAAAAAAUUCGUCUUUGCCAAAAAAAUUUUUAGGGAGUGCCGAAAGUCAAACUUCAAAAUAUCGUUAAUAAGCGAAUAUAAUCGAGUUUUUGUUUUUUCAAAAUUUAGAUCAUGGGCUUACUUAAAUAUUUCUCUACAGCAUCUUUGCUUGAAAAAGUUGUUUAAUACGCAAAAAAAUGCUCUUGAAACUAGAGGAUAAAAUUAGCGGCUUUUAUCACACAGAAAGCGGUCGAACGCAGGUUUUUUUCAAACGAUUAUAUACAUUUAUUAGUAAAAAAAUCUUUCAAUUAAAAAAAUAAAAUAAAAAAAUUCGUCUUUGCCGAAAAAUAUACGGGGCCGUUUUAAUGCAGCGAUCGUUAAAAAGAGGCAAAAAAAGCACUAAAAAAACAGUUUUUUUCGAAGUGAAUUUCCACGAAACGUUUGAGUAAAGAUUUGCGAACAUAUUCUGAUCAAAAAAAUAGCUUAAUUACUUUAAGUUUUUUUCUUUUUGAAAUAGGCAAUCUGUGCUAUCCAAACGGUUCAAGGGUAAGGCGGAUGGAAGCUCCCCGCGCUAGACCUGACAGCUUGGCGCAGCGCGUGCGCUGCGAUUUUUCAUUUUAAGGUCGCGAGUUCGAUGCCCGCAAGCGUCAGUUUUUUUGUUUUCUGGAAAAUACCGACUUUUUCGGCAAACUAGCUGAUGAGCAUCAUUUUAGCACUCUAUUAUGAUUUGUUACAUCAUAAUGGACCAGUAUCAAAACUAGUUCUAAAAGAAAAAUCGAGAAAAAUGUCAAAAAUGGAUAAUACCAAAAUUUCAGAACUAAAAAAAUGGUGCGCGGCGCGCCACAUUUUUCGUCAUAACUUUUUUCAUCCUCAAUCUUUUUCGAAAAACUAAACGGUUCUGAGUUUUGAAUCGAAACAGCUAUCAAACCAUACAAAGCUCGAUGCUGAAAAAAAUUUUUUGAAAAUUCGUCUGCGGUCCCUAUCUAUGGAGUAGCUUCUGAAAAUGCCAAAUUUCCUUGUGAUGAAUUUUCAACUUUUUUGAAGGCGAUUUCUUCUCAAACUUAUAGCCAAUCCUAGCCUCUCCAAUUUUCAAAGUUCUUUUUCCAGUUUCAUGCCGGAACGACUGUCGCAACAGCAGCUCUACGCCUUGUGCUCCCUGGCCCCGACCCAAGAUUACAUCAUCGAAAUGGACUUGGCCUUCUACCAAACUGUCGUCGAUGUGCUGGUCCCAAGCGUCUUGAUGUCGAAAAUGACUCGUGAGUUUGGAAAAGAAGGGAAAAAUGGAGUUUUCAAUUUUUGGAAGGAACUUCAAAAAAUAGCUCUGAUUGAGAUUUUAGCCCUGGAGCGCAAUAGAUGUAAGCCAAGGCAGCUAUUUUUAAAUACUAUCCAAAAAGUUGAGAUUUUAGCCUUGGAGCGCGAUAGGUAUAAGCCCCAGCGGCUAUUUUUGAAUACGAUCCAAAAAUUUGAAAUUCUACCUCAAAAAUUAGCUCUAUGGGAGAUUUUAGCCUUGGAGCGCAUUAGACAUAAGCCGUGGCAGUUAUUUUUGAAUACUACCAAAAAAGUUGAAACUUCACCCUUAGAACUGGUUUUAAUUGAGAUUUUAGCCUUGGAGCGCAAUUGAUAUAAGCCGUGGCAGCUAUUUUUGAAUACUAUCCAAAAAGUAGAAAUUUUACCCGAAAAAUAGCUCUACUUGAGAUAUUAGCCUUGGAGCGCAAUUGAUAUAAGCCGUGGCAGCUAUUUUUGAAUACUAUCCAAAAAGUAGAAAUUUUACCCUAAAAAUAGCUCUACUCGAGAUUUUAGCCUUGGAGCGCAAUAUUUAUAAGCCAUGGCAGCUAUUUUUGAAUAAUACCCAAUAUCAUGGCAGCUAUUUAUGAAUACUAUCCACAAAGUGGAAAUUUUACCUCAAUAAUUAGCUCUAAUUGAGAUUUUAGCCUUGGAGCGCGAUAGAUAUAAGCCCCAGCGGCUAUUUUUGAAUACUAUGCUCAUGAAGUCCAUUUCCAGCCGUGCUGACCCAACACUGCCGGAACUUUGCCAAAAACGCCGACAUGUACCUGAGAAAAGCGAUGCAGGGGGCGCCCGAGAACCUGCUCCGGAAAAAGCUCCAAACCGUCAAGUAUUUGGCCCAGGGAUUAAAAAGGUUCGUCGUGGUUUAGUGGCUAAAGAGGUGGCCUUAUGAAUGGAGGGUUUCUGGUUCGAGUCCGGUAGGAAAAUGUAUCUUUUUUGCCUUUUUUUUUGGAGAGAAGCAUCAAAGUUCAAGAAGCAGUCUUUUUUUGCCUUUUUAUAUUGAUGAGUGUUUUUGAGAACUUUGAUGAAAAAUAUGAAAAAAGGGAUGAAAAUAGCAGCUUGGUAUAGUGGCUAAGGGAGUUGUUCUAUGAGCGGUGGUAUCAAAGUUCGAAUCCUGGAGGCGGAGACUUUUUUUGCUGUUUUUUUUUAGCUUACCUUUGUCCAUGUAUAGUAGAAAUAGCCAUCAAUUUUGAGUAAUUUGAAGUUUUUUCGCAAUAAAACUCCAUGGUUCAUUGGCUAAACAUCCAGUUUACUGCUCGAAAGGCCACGAGUUCGAUCCCCAUCAAGAUUUUUUGCCAUUUUCAUUUUUGCUAUUAAUUCACAUGCUAUUUUAUUGCUUCCAGGUACACCUCCCUGAAUCAUUUGGCCCAAGCGGCCCGAGCAGUCCUCCAAAAACAGGACCAAGUCAGCGCCAUGUACAAUGAUUAUACGAGGUUUGUGGUAGGGAAAAUAAAUUCAGUAGGUAAAACUUGAACUUUAGGCUGUUUUCCAGGAUUUUUAGAAUCUGUUUAAGAUUUUAAAGUCGAAAAGACGGAAAAAGGACUGUGAAAAUUUAAUUUCUCUGCUCAAAAGUGGUACUUAUAGAAGCAGAAAGUUGUCCAGAACCCAAAUAAGGUGUUCUUUUUCAGGGUGGACAUGACCCAGGUACACGAACAAGCCGGCUGGGUCUGCGGCUGUGACCAGCUGAUGGUCCAACACAUCAACAACGCCUUCCGGUCGAACCUUCAGAAAAUGGUCCCCAUGGAACAGUGGGCCGAGUGGCUGGAGAGCAUCGUUGAUCAGGUAGAAAAUUGAUUUUUUUUCAUUUCAUGAGACAAAUUUUCAUUAUCCACCUCUUGCUCACAGUAAAUUAAACAAAUAAUGAGAAUUUAAUUUUGAAGACCUUGGCCAAGUACCACGAUAAGCCAGUGGAAGUCAUCACGGACGUCGGAAAGCAGUUCUUGCUCAACUGGAGCUUCUACACGUUGGUUCUUACAUUAUUUUGUAGUAUUCAUCGCCUUGGCUCAGUGGUUAAUGACGUGAUUGUGAAUAAAGAGGUCACGGGUUCAAUCCCCGAGCUGGUCGAUUUUUGCCAUUUUGAAUAGAAACCCCACUACUGGGAAAAUGUCCAAGGACUACUUGGAGAGGACACUAAAGUGGCCACUAUUUCUCGUUUUAGUGGCCACUUCAGUAGUUUUUCAUCCAGUAUUACUUCCAUUAACUCUGAUAAUUGUGAAACAAAUAGAUUGGAGCAGUUAUGUUGAUCCAUUGACCCCUAAAGUGGCCACUAGAGUUUUGGUCUAGCAUUUAGACCCCUAUAGUGGCCACUAAUUUUCAACCCCUUAAGGGGCCACUAAGUUGACUACUAUAGUGGCCACUAAAAAUUUUCCUAGUAGGACUUUAAUCAUUUUCAGAAGUUAGGAAGCAUUUCAAGUUAAAUUUAAUCUGUGCAAAAAUAUCUUUAUUCUCUAGAUCAACAGAAAACUUUCAUGAUGAAAACAACUUUAGUGAGAACAGAAAAAUUGAAAUUUGAAAGAAACGAAGAAAAAUGCAAAAUCCCAAAAAAAAUGGCGAAGUUUGUCCAUAGAGCAACUUUACUGCAAAACGCCCUUUUUGGCGGGAAUUUAAACUUUUCUCUCAGAUUUAUAAUAUUUUUUUCUUCAAAUUUUGACCGUUUCCAAGUUCACCGUUCCACAGGAAACUCUGCAAAAUGGCAUAUUUUUUUCCAAUCUCAUCUUUUACUGCCCAUAUGCCUUCAAGGAGGUUUUAGUGUCUUUAAUUCAAGAAAAACCUGGGAGAAGGUUAAGGCGGCCUUUUUAGAACAUCCUCCAUAUUUCCGAACUAUAUUGUUAAUCGCGAUGAUCCUUGUAAUGAUAGAAAUACGUUUGGAGUAAUCAAAAAUUCCGUAUUUUUCCAGGUCAAUGGUGAUUCGAGACCUGACCCUCCGGUCGGCGGCUUCUUUCGGCUCUUUCCACCUGAUCCGACUUCUGGCCGACGACUACAUGUUCUACUUGAUUGAGUCUCGGAUUGCCAAGGCCGGAAAUCAGCCGCUGAUCACUGUUAUUCGACAGGUUCUUCUUUUUUUCGCGUUAUGUGAGAUUUUUCAAAAGAAAGGAUCUUGUGAGGGUCUCCAAAAGGUCUUUUUUAUUUAACUUGUUAAAAAGUGAGUAAAAAAUGAUUCCAAGAGGUUCAACAAGGACCCUCUGAAGCUAAAAAAAAGAAGCUCAAAAGCCUUUUUCGGAGCUUUUAGCGGUACCUUUUCAGCUCCUUCUUAGGAUGCUUUUAGUGAAUUUUCCAUUUUUCCUAUGACUUUUUUGUUUUUAGCCCUUUGAGCACUAUAAAAAUUUAUUUUCGUACCAAUUUACAGCGAAGAGAGCCCAAUAAACAUCCUAUAAUCUCACUUUGCCUCAUAAUUAUUCCUUUUUUAGGAAAAAGACUAUCCGCUUUUCGACGACAUCCGUAUCCCGCACCCGGUCAUCCAUCACGACGAAUUUAUCGUCACCGCUCCUCCGGUUUUCGACCACAAGGUAUAGUUUUACCUGUUGUUAGAUGGGGGGGGGGGGGAUGAAAGUUUAAUAAGUCUAGCGAUGAGGUAUUUUGAAAAACUUUUUCCUUAUCUGGAUUUUUAUCUGUGGAAGCUGGAAAAAAGUGAUUUUUGUCAUCUGAAACUUCAAAAAUUCAUACCUUUGCUCAAAAUGCUCAGAAUCGGGUAAAGUCAAGUUUUUUAUCGUGUCCAGAGGGUUCUCUUUCAUAUAAAACCAUCUGAUACCUUCAAAAACCUAUAGGGUUCUCGAAAUAUCGAUUGGACUCGGAUAGACUCAGAUAUCAACCAUUUUUUCGCAAACCAAAAAUUUUUAUUUUUCAGACUUGCUCUCAUUUUUAGGACAUGGUUUUGAUCUUUUUCCGAGAAAAUAAGAAAUUUUAGCCGAAUAGAUUGCGAAAAAGGGAUUUUCGACUUUUCUGGCUGUCUGCACAUAGGCAAGGGUGAAAAAAGGCUCCAUAGAAAUGUUCCCUUUUUGCUGCCUUUUUGCGCCAUUUCAUCAGCUGUUGUGCACCAUUUUUGCAGCUUUCCACCAUUUCUUGAGCCUUUAAAAAUCUAGAAAAAAAAUGGAAGGCUCGAUAAAGGGGCCUUUUUGGGGCCUUUUUUGAGCCAUUUUGCAGCCUUUUUUGAGCCUUUUUUGAGCCUUUUGCAGCCUUUUUUGAGCCUCUUCCUUUUAGCGACCACUAUCCACCAACUUUGCCCGAGAAGUUAUUGAAUUUUUUUUAAAAUUAAACUCGAUUUUUCAGUUCCAACCAACGGUUCAUCAUGACACCGACGGAUUCGAAGUUAAAAGAAUGGUAAUUUUUUUUUUCACUUUUUUCCUCCCAUCAAUUUUAUUCAUGAAAAUGAAUGUUUAUUUUCAGCGUUACCACGAGAAUCGGGAGAACGUUCAAGUUGAAGUCGUGGAAGAAGUCGAUGGGCAGAAUAUCCUAUGCAUCUAA